UACUUAAUACUAUUAUGUAUUUUAGGAAAUAAUGAAUGAGGGUGGAAUCAUGUAGGCUAAGACCAACCGCAACGGUCGGUUUAUUGAGUCCUUAGCUCGCGGUUUUAGGAAAAAUAGAAUUAAAAAAAUUUAAUUAAGUACGGUUUAUUAAGGACCGUAACUUAAUUAGAAGGCUGGAAGGAUUGAAUCCUUACCGACGUGUCAUCCCUUCCCCGGUUCGAUGUCGGGAUGAAUUUGGUUCAGGGAAAAAAAAAUUAAACGCGAAGGAGAUUAAAAAAAAAAAGCUCCGGGCGAUCGAAGAGGCGACAGACGACUUGGUGAUAUCGAAGGUAAAUCGAAGCCUCCUAUCGUUCGUUUAUGGAUUUGUUUUGGUCGGAUGUUGUUCUCCUCGAGAUUUAGGGUUUCUUUUCAGUUUUAAAUCGAUUUGGGGAUAUUUCGAUUGAAGUUAGGGUUUCGAAUGAUUUGGGGAUGACGAUUCAAAUUGAUUAGGCUUUGAAUACGAUUUUGUUUUCCUUCGAUUGAUUUAGUAUUGAUGUUUAAUUUCCAUCUUAUUCUCUCAGGUUACGGAAUCAUGGGCCAAGAUUAUAGCUAUAGCCAACCGUCGUCUUCAGAAGUGAGUUUAACUUGGCUUCUUCAAGAAGAAGCAGAUGUGUAUGCCGAUGAAGCUCAGAGUAGGUUGAACCUUCAAGUCCCUGUUCAGUACGUUCCUCAACCUGAUGUCGAAGAAGGAAUCCCGAAGACAUGUUACUGUGGUGGUGACCCUGUAGUCGCAACAUCUUACACACCGAGAGAUCCAGGGAGAAGGUAUUUCACAUGUCAGAACGUAGACGACGACGACUGCCAUGUUUGGAAGUGGUGGGAUGUGGCCGUUACGGAGGAGUUGAGUGACAUUCAGACACAACUUAGGCAGCUCAAGGACCAAGGUAACGAGAGUGAGGAGAAAGUGGUUAAGCUUAAGGAGACAGUUUGUGAGCUAGCUAAGAAGAAUUCAGGGGUUACCACGGGCUUCCACUUGCUUUGUUGUUUAAUUGGUGGUCUCGUAAUAGCUCUCCUGCUUAUGUGUCUGCCGGGGGCAGGGUCCAAAGCUUGAAGCGGGAGUGUCUCACCUCGACACUGUGUAUAUAAAAGGUACUAACUGUAACAACUUCCAUCUUUCUUGUUGUUUUUGAUAAGUAUAGUUACCAAGUAACUACUCGGAUUUGAUAACUUGAAAUGUUUUAAGAGUUGAAAAAUUAAAUGAAAAAUGUUUUCUAUCUUCCUAACCUCUCCGAUUUGAUUGGUGUUAAAUGAUAAUUUUAAAUGCUAGUGAAUUUCUAUCUACCUUUCUUUAACUUGUGUGUACUUGAAAACUUUAAAUCCUCUACUUAAAGGCUCUGUGUUAGUAGUUGAGUAACACAGAGUUAUAUCUAGUAAACCAUGGAUACCCCUAGUUUUGUUAACCUCCUCAAUAGCCAAAAUCCCGUUGAUCUUGAUGCACCUGAACAUGUUUGGAUGAGUAGCCAGAGUUCAAAUGUUAAGGAGAGGCGUAAGUGGUCUCCCAAAGAGGAUAAAAUCCUGAUUGGGGCUUGGCUUAACACAAGCAAAGACGCUGUGGUGAGCAAUGAGCAGAAAGCUGAUGCUUUCUGGAAGAGAAUCGUUGAUUACUACAAUGCAAGCCCUCUCUUGGUUGGGACAGCACCUAGGGAGCUCGGUCAGUGCAAGCAGCGGUGGGCGAGGAUUAACGAGGGCGUCUGUAAGUUCGUUGGCUGCUACGACGCGGCUCUGAGGUGCCAGAGUAGUGGUCAAAACGAGGAUGACGUGAUGAAAGCUGCCUUGGACUUCUACUACAACGACCACUCCAUCAAGUUCAACCUCGAACAUGCUUGGAGGGAGCUCCGGCAUGACAGUAAAUGGUGCUCAACCUAUCUGCCUAAGGAGGGGCCUAAGGAGAAGCGCAAGCAAGUGUUGGAGGUUGAUGGAGAUGAGGAAGUGAGAGAACCUGAAGCAAGACCUAUCGGGGUAAAGGCUGCAAAAGCUGUUCUAAAGAGGAAGAAGAGCAGUAAGGAACUUGAGUUGUCAAAGUUAGAGGCCCUGUUUGAAAUAAAACAGAAACUCUCUAACCAAAAAAUCCUAGAACGUUUGAUAGCCAAACAAGACCCCCUCUCUGAGAUGGAAACAUCACUUAAAAACAAACUAAUGUCUGAGAUGUUACAGUAAGGUAUGUUUAUAGUUUUGAAUAUAAUUUCACUUGCAGGGUCACGGGUGCAUUUUAGACUUGUCACAUUUUGAGGACAUGUGAAGCCAGCUCACGGGUGAAGUAAGCUCACGGGUUCCUCUGUCAUGACUUGUCCUUUCAUCUCUAAUUUGGCCUUAUGUACUUCUAUAAGUUGGCGUAAAGCCUCGGUUUAGGUAGCACUUGUAGUUCACUUGUUUCUUUAGCUUUCUGUGUACUUGAAAACCGUUGUAUUGGCGUGAAGCCUCGGCUUGUAUUGACAUAACUCCAGCACUUUGUAUCAGUUGUAAGCAGGUACUUGUUUCUUUGUUAUCUAUGUAUGGCUUGUGGUUCUUUCGGAUUGUAUUAAUGUGAUCAGCUUCGUGUAUCGCUUGUGAAUUUUAAACAAAUUUAAAUAAAAAAAAAUUACAAAGCAUAUGGAACUCACUUGAGAAUUUUAAACAAUUUUAAAAAAAAAAAUACAAAGCAUAUGGAACUCACUUGAGAAUUUUAAACAAUUUAAAAAAAAAAUUACAAAGCAUAUGUCUUCACUUGUGAAUUUUUAAAAAAAAUUUUUUACAAAGAAUAUGUCUUCACUUGUGAAUUUUAAACAAUUUUUAAAAAAUAUAUACAACAUUUUAGCAAACUAUUUAGAUAACAGAAGUCUUCACUUGUAAAAUUUACAACACAAGUGUUUUUUUAAACAAAAAAUUAAUUAACAAUCUUCAUUUUCAGUGAAGGAUUACGAAGUAAACACACAAAAUGUCAUCAUCUUCAUCCGACGAACUCGAAGAAAGACUAGAAGAAGUUUUUGACGACAUUUUGGAGGACACAUACAACAACAUAGUGGAGUCCCAUCACAAUAACCCAGUUAGACGUCUUUAUAUAGAACGCGAUCGAGAAACGGGACACGAACGUUUAUGGAAUGAUUACUUCUGCGAGAAUUCGACUUUUCCCCCCAACUUAUUCAGACGUCGUUUCCGCAUGAACAAAGACUUAUUCAUGCAUAUUGUCCAUCGCCUUUCAGAUGACGUCCCUUUCUUUCGUCAGUCAAGAGAUGCAACCGGGAGGCCCGGUCUUUCUCCACUACAAAAAUGUACGGCUGCUAUUCGUCUCCUCGCUUAUGGUUCUGCAGCUGACGCAGUUGACGAGUAUCUUCGACUUGGUGAAUCCACGGCACUUUUGUGUUUACAUAAGUUCACAGAAAACAUAAUACGGUUAUUUGGAGAUGAGUAUCUACGAAGACCAACUCCAGAGGAUCUUUAACGACUACUUGAUAUUGGAGAGAUACGCGGCUUUCCUGGAAUGGUAGGAAGCAUCGAUUGUAUGCAUUGGGAGUGGAAAAAUUGUCCAACCUCUUGGAAAGGACAAUACACACGUGGAUCCGGAAAACCGACAAUUGUCUUGGAGGCAGUAGCUUCACAAGAUCUUUGGAUAUGGCACGCUUUUUUUGGUUCUCCAGGUACUUUGAACGAUAUUAACGUCCUUGAUCGAUCACCUGUUUUUGAUGACAUUUUACAAGGUCGAGCACCAAGAGUUCAGUACGUGGUCAACGGACACCAGUAUGAUUUGGCGUACUACCUCACAGACGGCAUAUAUCCAAAAUGGUCAACAUUUAUCCAAUCUAUCUCCCUCCCGCAAGGUCCUAAAGCAGAGUUAUUUGCUAAAUGUCAAGAAGCGACUCGAAAAGAUGUUGAGCGGGCUUUUGGAGUUUUGCAAGCUCGAUUUGCGAUUGUGAAAAACUCGGCUCUUACAUUAGACAAGACGAAAGUUGGGAAGAUUAUGAGAGCAUGUAUCAUACUACACAAUAUGAUAGUCGAAUAUGAACGAGACGGAUACACUCAAGACAAUAUAUCUGAGUUUGAAGAAGGAGAUGGAAGCAGAAGUUCUCAGGUAGAUAUGUCCUACAGUACCGAGACGCCUACAAAUCUCGAUAAUAUGGUUGGCAUUCGGACUCAUGUUCGCGAUAGGCGUAUACAUGAACAACUAAAAAACGAUUUAAUCGAAAAUGUUUGGAACAAAUUUGGUGAUCAAAAUUAAUAAUUGUUGUAUGUUUCUUUUAAUCAUGAAAUCAGUAAUUAUUGUAUUUUUAUAUUUUUUUAUGCAAUAAAUUUUUAUUUUUUUUU